CGGCGGACGCAGGCCGAUAAGAGGCGGUGCCGGCCGCCCGCCGGCGUCGCGAGCGGGGUCUGUACACACUGCCAGGCGGAGGCGGGGCCGCUGGGCAUCUCCUCUGACUACCUGGCAAGGCCCCGCCAGGCGGGCAGGCGACCAGGCCUUGGCCCUGUAGUUUCCUUGGCCUACACUCCCUGCUGGGGAGUGUCGCUCCGCGCCCAACAUGGCGGGCGGGCGCUGCGGCCCACUGCUGACGACGCUUCUGGCCGCCUCGGUUGUGGCAUUGGCGGCGACCGAGGGCCCCGAGCAGGCCGUGUUGCCGGCGGAGCAAAGCCGAGUCCAGCCCAUGACCGCCUCCAACUGGACACUGGUGAUGGAAGGCGAGUGGAUGCUGAAAUUUUAUGCCCCAUGGUGUCCAUCCUGCCAGCAGACUGAUUCUGAAUGGGAGACUUUUGCAAAGAAUGGUGAAACACUUCAAAUCAGUGUGGGGAAAGUAGAUGUCAUUCAAGAACCAGGUUUGAGUGGCCGUUUCUUUGUCACCACUCUUCCUGCAUUUUUUCAUGCAAAGGAUGGAAUAUUCCGCCGUUACCGUGGUCCAGGAAUCUUCGAAGACCUACAGAAUUACAUCUUAGAGAAGAAAUGGCAGUCAGUUGAACCUCUGACUGGCUGGAAAUCUCCAGCUUCUCUGACGAUGUCUGGAAUGGCUGGUCUUUUUAGCAUCUCUGGCAAGAUUUGGCAUCUUCACAACUAUUUCACAGUGACCCUUGGAAUUCCUGCCUGGUGUUCUUAUGUCUUUUUUGUCAUUGCCACUUUGCUUUUUGGCCUCCUUAUGGGUCUGAUCUUGGUGAUAAUAUCAGAAUGUUUCUAUGUGCCACUUCCAAGGAAUUUAUCUGAACAUUCUGAGCAGAAUCAGAAGUCUGAGGAAGCUCACAGGGCUGAACAGUUGCAGGAUGCAGAGGAGGAAAAAGAUGAUUCAAAUGAAGAAGAAAACAAGGACAGCCUUGUUGAUGAUGAAGAAGAGAAAGAAGACCUUGGCGAUGAGGAUGAAGCAGAGGAGGAAGAGGAAGAGGACAAUCUGCCAGGUGGUAUGGAUGAAGAGAAAAGUGAAGUCAGUGACCAAGGGCCCCUGAGAGAGGGCAGUGUGACCCAGGAAGAAGUUGAACCUGAUGAGGCUGAAGAAGACGUCACAGAGCAGCCCCAUUCACCUGAUACAGAAGUGGCAGAAGAUGCAUUGAGGCAGCGCAAGAGUCAGAAUGCCAGUAAGGGACCAUAGAUAGGUUUGGUGAUGCAGUUUUCAACAGUGCAGCCCAAAAGAAUAUGUCAGCUUUCCUCUGGUCUGCAAUUUAAACCAAAUCCUUAAUUUUUCCUGACUGAGAAAGCUUCUCCCUUAAAAGAUGAUCUCUAGUGGCAUUGUAUCAUAGGCACAGGCCUCAUGUACCCUAAGGACAAUCUUUCAGUCAUGACAAUCGAGAGAUAAAAACAACAUGCUGUUAUGAUCUGUUUGGGGGAUCUGGAUGGGAACAAGUUCAUUUAAUUGGGGCUUGAGAGUCUUAACCAGAGGAGGCAACCCCCAAUCAUUAGCACCCUCUGGAGAAAAAGCUACAGAUCCAUAAAAUGAAGGCAAAGCAGCCUUUACUUCUGAGCAUCCUCAAAGAAUAGCAUAAGUCUUGCUUCCUUUUCAUGUGUUAACUAUUUAUUUUGUGAAACUGUAAGAAACAUCAUGUACCACAGUGCACAAAUAUUUGUUUAGAGAUAGAAAUCCAGAGGGCCCUGAAUACAGUUUUAGAAAAGAGCUUGGAAAUAUGCCAGCUCUCUAAAUCUCCCUUUUUUUGUUUUAUUUCUUAUUUCUCCAACUUUUCUACUAUGAGCCUGCAGACUACCCACACUCUUCACAGUUGUUUCUCACUUAGAUGCAGCAGCCAGGUCUGCUUCCACCAUGUUUAUUCUCAUUUGAAGGUUUAGAAAAUCUAACACAACUGAUGAAGCCCUGAUUGCCAGCUAUCUCAAAUGAAAUGUUAUAACCUUUGGAGUUUCAAAAGGAAGUAGGGAUUUUAUAGGACAGAUUUUAAAACAAUUUUUUGGCCAACCUGUAGUAGUUUUCUUUUUUCAGAAAGUUUCUUUAGCAAUAUUUUUUUGAAGCCAGAAGUGAUCUAAGUCUUGCCCAGUACAGGGUAGCCUUGUGAAGAAAACUUGAAUACUGUGUUGUUUUAUUUCCAUCUCAGGGGGUUCCCUGGCUCUUGAAACACUUUAAUAAUAACUGGAAACUGUUUCUAGUUUCAUUCACUUGAUGUGCUUUUGGUGAAAAAAUUAAUGAAAGUCAGUAUCAGGAAGUAAAAGAUUUGAUUUUGUUUCCAUCUUCCUUAACUUCUAGAGAAUUGUAUCUUUGUAAAUCUCUCACUCCUUAAUCUACUAUAAGUACCCAGGGAACCCAAUUUCUUUUCAAAAUCCAUCCAUCUACUUUUUUCUUUCCUGAUUUAUGUCUUAGAAUAAAUUCAUAAAAUUAGAUUCCAAGCAUAUGAAAGAUGCUUAAAGUCAAGCUUAUACCCCUUGGGUCCAGACAGAAUAAUGAGUACAGGUUUAUGAAAUUCAGAAAGUUUCUGUCAUCUUUAAAAAGGAAAUGCAGUCUAUUUCUAUCUGAUUAUUUAUAUAACCCUUUCCUUGUAUUAAUUGUGAACAACAGGGCUCACUGGUUGGGGAGGCUCUGAAACUCUCUGCCCUCCUGUAGUUGAUUGAAGCUCCUUUCAACUUUGCACAAAGGAGGUUUUUACUAGGAGAACUGAUUUUCAAAGAUAGUUAUUUUUCAUCUUUCCAACUCAGCUAAUAGUCUCUUCCCUAAUAUGCUGAAGUUUGUUAAAGUUGCUAGUAAUUAUGCUCUUCAGACCAUCACAGAAUUGAUGGACUGGGAGGAAGAAUUUUGACCUGACCUGUGCCUGUUUCUUCCCCUCACUCCAGUUCCUGCCCCUCUGACACAUCUUCACCCCAAGUGCCGUGGUUCUGAUGGGGGCAGUUCUACUCCCUGACACCAGGACGCUUUUCUGGAUAUUCUCAAGCUAAGCUGUGCCUGUCCUCCUGUCACUGGAUUUCUUUCUCUUACAAUCAGCUGUGUAAACAAAGAUUUCAAAAAAUAGUGAGUUCAAGUUUAGAGUUAAGAAAUAAGAAAGGUUUCAUAGAUUGGCUUUUCUAUAUAAUGUCCCUCCCGCAAAUAGAAUUUUUUAAAGUGAAGUUUUCAACUAGAGGAAAGCAUGAGAAAGAAAACACGUUCUACUUUGUUUUUUUGUUUUUGUUGUUGUUGUUGUUUUUGUUAUUUUUUUUUCUUAAGUGUAAGCCCAAUUUACACUUGGACCUCAAAUAAUACCUAACUACAUCAUAAUUAAAAUGUAUUUUCUUUUUUAAAAAUAUAGAGUGGGAAGAAAAACAUCUUGGGAAGAGGAUCCAGUAAAAAUUUAAGUAUCUAUCUAUAAGAACCAUUUUUUCCUGAUUUUUCCUUUUUUUUUUUUAACAUCCUAACAAAAGAUAGCUUUUCUAGGAGGUGGCCUGAUCCAUACACAUCUAAUUUAUUAUCUUUUCACUUGAACCUCUAGGUUUGUUUUCAAUACUUAAUAUAAACCUAAAGAAAAACAUCAACCUAAACUUAAAGUCAGAUCAGCAUUUCAAUUGUUUUUUUUUUCUAUAGAUAAUAUAUUUAAUCCAGUGGUUAAAUGCAUGGAAAAUGUGAUUUUGAUUUUAAAAUUUUUUUAAAAAGUCAUGCUUCCCUCUAUUGCAGUAUCAGUUUGUUUAAUCAUACAAUUGUGUUUUAUGUGAAUUCAGAAUAGGUGAAUGAAGUAAAGUAAUGAUUGUGGAGUGUGGGUACAUAGCACUUUAUGUACAGGUAGUUGGAGCAGGGUGCCUUGGCACUGAUUAGAAGGAAUGUGAAACUUCUAGUUACCCUAUUGUUGAUUUCUUUUAUUCAUCUCCUGCUAGAUCUGCUAAAAGAAGCCUUCUUGGUUAGGGAUCUCACUGAAGCAAUGCACAAGCAAUUCCACUUUCUUUCCCUUUGAAGUAUAAUUGAAUAGGUCAGGGAUAGUGCCUGUUCAAUUCACAGGGCAUUGCACUGUUUGGCAAGUACUUGCAACAUCAUCUUGUGAAUAUGAUCUCUGUAAGCUAAAAAUAACUACCUAUAAAAAGUAAACAGGCUUUGAAUAGGUUGGCUUUUGCAGCUAUGAAAGCUGCAUUUUGAUUUUUUAUGAUCCCAAACUCUGUUGAUAGUUUGGAGGUUGCUACAUGAUUUGAGUGUAUGUAAGUUUGCAGAUCUGCAUCCUGUACCUCCUUUGGGUUGGAUGAUAAAAAUGCUAUUUAAGGGAAUACUUGCCAUCCAACUUUGUUAGCAAGGCUUUUGGGACUUUAGCUGCUCUGUUGCUUACAGGAUGGGAAACAUUAAAGGGUCCAAAUUAAAAUAAAAAGGUAGAAAAGAAGAGUAAAUUUCAGUGUAAAAUCUUGAGCAUGAAGUGAGAAAAAGAAGAGAGAUUGGUGCUUUUGCUAGUGUUUGUCAGUAGGUCCUUCAUCUCAGUGUUGUAGUGUUAUUUCUGUCAGUAUUAUACAUGUGUGGUGAACCCAUCCUGUCAAAUAUAUCAGCAUUUUGGAGGUUAUUCAUGUAAAUCUUUUGUGCCAAUAAAAAAGUUCCCUCUUGUAGUAUCUCUUUACCUCAGUCUUACAUUUUGAUUCUCUUGAGAAGAUUAUAGCUUAUCUUGCAAAAGCCAAAUGUUAUCAAGUCUGAUGAAACCUGAUGGGGCUGUUGUGAACAGCUUUCUGAAAGUGGAGGUUUAUUUGAAAUCUUCAGCCCAGGAUAUGGCCUUAGAUGGCUUAUUCUCAGUAAAAUUUAUGUAGACUGUGAUGCUUUAUAUAUGUGAUAUAUUUUCAGUAUAGUUAGAUCAUAUUUGUUAGUAGAUACUUUCUUUGUGGAAUGCAGUUGUUAUACUAAAGACACUGCUUAUUUGUACUGUCAUGCAUUAUAAAUUUGUUAUGUAUAUUUUCUGUAAUGGUAUUGAUUAUUUUGCCGUUUCAUUUAGUGUUCUGUUUAUCCAUGUAUUCUAUGUUUCCUUAAAAAGCAUCUUUAGCAAGUGAAAUGAGAAAUCAAGAUAUUGUUUCAAGCAGUACAUUGCCUAUAUUAUAGAUCAUCUGAUACAGAAUUGUACAUAAUCCUUAAUCCUGUGUGGUUUCACUUUAUUGUAAAUUUUCAUUUAUGUCAAAACCCAAUAGUGAUGACUACAUAAAUGCAAAAUAGUGUAUUGCUUUUCAUAUAAAUAUUUUCACAAAACCAUUUGCCUAGGCAGUUAAAAAUAUUACUUUGUUAAAAAAUUUUUUUUCUUCUGUGUUUGCUCUUUAUCUGUCUCUUCAUUCCCCACCUCUCCCACCCCGACUCUGUAAAGACCAAAUUAUGUGCCAUUUUGCUGCUCAAGGACGAGUUCUAUGAUUCAAGAGCUCAUCAUCAUCAUAGCCAAUUGUAUUGCCUUUACAAAAUCAUUCCACUCACCUCCCAGGUACACUUUGUCCUGAGGUCUGGGGGUGGCAGAAUUGGAACCGAUGGCAAAUGAUGCUGUGAUUCCUCCAAGACACUGUGGACCGACCUGGUAUCCUAAAUAAGACAUUUGGAAAACUCCAUUCUACACCUGGCUUUCUUGCCACUAUUGCAGUAAAAUAGCACAAAGGAGGUGAGGCAAUUCUUUAAACACAUUCAGGCCUUAAUGUGACGGGAGAUUUGGUUUUUCUCUUGGAAGAUGAUAGUGGGAUAUGUAGUAAGAAAGUUAUUAAAUUGGUAUACCUCUAAAUCCCUCCCUCAGAGUAACUAACUCUGAAUCUUAUUUCCUCCUACAGAGAAAUAUGUAUGUUAGCUUUGUCUCAGCCUAUAUAAACUUGGUUAUUCUUGGUAGAUAUUCUUUGCCUACCCAGCGAGAUAAAUUCUGGCCCUUUCUUUUUGAAGAGAAAGUUAUGAAUUCACUUUCUCUCUAAACUUUGCAUGAGCUUUUCCUCCCAUUUCAAUAUCUGAUACUCUUAUCAGAAAUUUAUAGAUUUCUCAAAUAUUCUGUUUAGUAGACAUUUGACUAAUCAUGUUAACUUAAAUAUUAUCCUUUGGAAAGACUUCACCAUCAGAAUUCAUUGUGUACUACUGUCACUUAUGGAGAACUUUUCUAAAAUUAUUUGUUGUUGUUGCUUAGAUAGAGACUAUAGGAUAGACCCAGAGAAUAUAUGUGUUCUAGGACAAUCUUAAUUACUGAGCUGUCAUUCUAUGGAACUGCUCUUCAAACAAGCUCUUUGUAAGUUCUAAGCAUGAAUCUCAGUCUAAUAAAUAGCAUUAAAACCUAGCAGUUUGUAAGUUGA